AUGGCUGAGGAGCUGAAGAAGGAGCAGGACACCAGUUCUCACCUGGAGAGGAUGAAGAAGAACCUGGAGAUCACAGUCAAGGACCUGCAGCACCGCCUGGAUGAGGCUGAGAAUCUGGCCAUGAAGGGAGGCAAGAAGCAGCUCCAGAAACUGGAGUCCAGGGUGCGUGAGCUCGAGACUGAGGUGGAGGCUGAGCAGAGAAGAGGUGUAGACGCUGUCAAGGGCGUCCGCAAGUAUGAGCGCAGAGUCAAGGAGCUCACUUACCAGACUGAGGAGGAUAAGAAGAACGUUGGCAGACUUCAGGACCUGGUAGAUAAGCUGCAGAUGAAAGUGAAGGCCUACAAGAGGCAUUCUGAGGAAGCGGAGGAAGCAGCAAACCAGCACAUGUCUAAGUUCAGGAAGGUUCAGCAUGAGCUGGAGGAGGCUGAGGAGCGUGCUGACAUCGCUGAGACUCAGGUCAACAAGCUCAGAGCCAAGACCCGUGACUCUGGAAAGGUACAGAACUGCUGCUAA